AUGUCGACAAYGUUGGCUGUAAUUUUCGUCUUCUCAUUGAGGGGUAUCGAAGCUGACAAGUGUUCAAAUACKGCGUACAGUUUACGGAACAUGAAACUACAGCACAAUAUCAUAAAAACAGAAUCUGGCGUCCACGAUAUCYCAACAUGCCUUGACAAAUGUUCAACACACGGCAGUUGCCAUAGUAUCAACCUCAACGAAAUGAAAGGAGCCUGCGAAUUGAAUUCAGCCAAUCAUUUGAGCAAACCUGAGCACAUGACCUACUUUCAUGGCAUGGUGUAUGUGAACUACUUCCUGCGACCUGUGAGUCAAUGCAGCAAGGCUUAUUGCAGGAAGGACGACCAGGAAUGUGUGAUGGACAAGGAGGGCACGGACUACAAGUGUGUUGCAAAGCAAUGUCAAGAUAUUGUAACGUUUCCUGGCAAGAAUACAAGUGAUAGAAUCUAUCUGGAAAAUGCCUUUGCGUCACUACAAAAUUUCACAUUGGAGGCAUGGAUACAACUAGAUCCAAAAGACGUGGAUUCCGUUUCUCGACCGACGUUUUUUAGCCUCGCCACAAGCAGAAAUGACAAUGAGCUUGUCUUAUACACAACUAAAGGCACAGGCUAUGGUGUAGACAUCGGAGAUAAAAAAACGUAA